AUGUCGGAAGAAACAUUCAUAUAUUUGUACAACAUACUGCGUCCAGUGAUGGAGAGACAAGACACAAGCUUCCGCAAGUGUGUUCCUCUAAAGAAGAGAGUGGCCAUCGCACUAUGGAAGCUUGCGACCGGUUCAGAGUACAGAACUAUCGGCCAUCUUUUCGGAGUAAGCAUAACAACUGUUUGCCGGUGUGUUCAAGAGUUCACUGCUGCUGCAGAAACGUUGUUGGUUCCCGAACAAAUCCGUUACCCAGACCAGGAGAAGUUUGAAGAAAUGGCUGCCUACAUUGAGAACAGAUGGGGCUCCCGCAGUGUGUUGGAGUACCACUGUGACUAUUUCAACCGUAAAGGCUGGCACUCCAUCGUCCUUCAAGGUGUUGUAGAUGGAAAAGGACUGUUCUGGAAAGUGUUUGCAGGACUGCCUGGCAGCUUGCAUGAUGCUCGUGUUAUAAGACUGUCCACAUUGUGGGAGUUGGCCAGCCGUGGCAACCACUUUCCAACUUACACCAGGAAUAUUGGUGGGGUGAAUGUUGCCUGCUACAUCCUGGGAGAUUCUGCCUAUCCCCUGCAGAACUGGCUCCUAAAGCCAUUCACUGACACUGGACGGUUGACAAUCGACGAGUCAACUGAUAUCAGUGGAUACUGCAAACUGAUCGCAAACGUUAGUUGCCUACCUGAGAGCCUGACUAGCAUCUGCAUAGACAGGGCAGCUGCGAUGACAGGCAAUGUCAAAGACUUUGUGAGUAAGGCGAAAGAACAGAAUCCUGCCAUCAAAGCCAUUCACUGCUUCUUGCAUCGCUAA